CUGUCAAACCUCAGAUGGAAAAAUGCAGAAGCCAGAAGGGUUUUCUUGAUGUUUUUGCUGUUUUGGCAUCAAAUAAACCAUUAUCGUGAGGUCACUGUGUGAUGAUAUAUAGAGGCAUGCCAGAAUCCCAAGAAGAAAAUAGAUGCCUUCAGUUGGAUGACAUGCAGCAGGAACUUCAUAGUAAAGGCAAUGUAUUAACCAGGGCGUGGUCAGAAUUAUUCAGUUAUCUGACAAAAUACCAGGCAGAACUCAUGGUAAAAGAACACGCUGUCGAAAUUGCAGAAAAAGAGGUUGAUAUUCGCAAAAGACAAUUGGAAGAAAUGCGACCAGUUGAAGAGAUGGGCAGUGAAGAAGUCACACAGUUAAGGAAUGAGAUUCAAGCGAAGGAGAGACUCUUAAACAGAGCACAGUUAGAACUUUCAGCCUCGGAACAGACUGUGAAACAAAUUUCAUCAGAUUUAUCAAACCAUGUCCAAAUGGUUGAAAAUUCGCGAUCAGAACUCAGUGAAACACAAAAGGAGUUGGUGCGAUUUAGAAACGAUUGUGAAAGAUUGAAAUCUGAGUUAGCUUUGACCAACGAACAGGUGCAGGUGAAGGAUAAACUUUUAAAUAAACUACAAAACCAGCUGAUGAAGGAGAACGCAGAACUAAAAGAGCAAUUGGACUUCAGUUUGCGAGCCCUGGAACUCGAGAAGAGGGCACAUGAAGUAACAAAGAAAUCAUUGCGAGAAAAAGACAAAUCGGAUCAUACUCUGUCCAGUGCCACCUCCCGCAGCACAAUGGAAAUUCCUGACUUCACACCUUCAUUGGACCUUUCUGUUGUAAGGGACGAUUUUGGCUUAUCAAACAUCAUACCACAGCAUGGGAGCAACAAAACACCUAAUUCACCGAGCACCGGGCCAAACUUAGACUCAUUUAUAUCACAUCCAUCCAACCAGUGUACAGUCUUUCCAGCUUGGACACCAUUGGGUUCUCCAUUGAAAUCGCCGCCCAUAUCAUCACCAUUAUCAAAACCUAGCAUAAGUGCGACCAAUACUGCCAUUAGUUCACCCAACACUUCUUACAAUUCCACCGAGACUUUCUUUCCAUUGACUACUGGCAUGAGUCAUGAAAGAAACUCGAAAACUGCCAUCGUAGACAUGUCCACUUAUGGUGAGAUGCAGUUGAACACAAACUUGAAAAGUCCUACCUCGGUUUCUGGGUCCGUCGUGCCAGUGUUGAAUGUGCCUAGUCUUGGGAGUAUGGAUAUAACAUCAGUGGCUAGUUCAUCCGGAGCAUAUUCAGAUGGAAAGCAGUACCCAAAACCGAACAUAAAAGUGGAGGACUCUGACAGAAAAGUCAUCACAUGUGGCAUUUGUGGCAAGGUGCUGUUCACGCCAAGUGGAUUCAAGCUCCAUCUCUUGUCUCAUACGGGGGAGAGACCUCACCAAUGCACAGUCUGUGGACGUAAAUUCCUCCAGAGGUCAACCCUGAAGACGCAUGUGAAAGGAGUCCAUUCGUCCUACCGGCCGUAUUCCUGUAAUAUUUGCGGGACGCACUGUCUCACCAAACAGAAUUUUGAGUCUCAUUUGAAUACUACGACACACCGUAGGAAGAAGUUAAUGCAGCUGAAGAGAGAACAUCCUGAAUUAAACUGAAAUGUACACAGACUUGUCUGUUCAGUUCGGUGGAAUGACAGAUGUGGGGACCAAUAGUAUUAAUUGAAAUUUCAUACUGAAGUAACGAAUAUCACCAUUCUCUGAUGUACAAGUAUCGAUGAUGCACAUAGCAGUGAAAAUAUUCAUGUAAAUGCACAGACUGCAUGCUGUGGAGAAGUCAUAUUCAACAAAGAAACCGUGCAUACAUGUUCCGAGAUGGAUGCAUUUGUUUGGACAUUGUGUGCUCAUAUUUGGCCAAUGUUAUUCUGUCAGCCUUAUUUUGGACAACAACAAUGCACUGUGGGCCUGAGAAUGCGGCAGCGUGUCCUCUCAUUUGAAAGUUGUCUGUUGUCGUCACUUUAACGACAAAAGGACAUUCUACCACAAUAUCAGAUACUGUAAACCUAGAAAUUUUCACUACAGUUUAAUUUUUACUAUUUUCGCUAAUAGAGGGUCAGACGCCAAAUUUCAUCUCGUGAAAAUUUCCUCUCGAAUGCAUAUACCUUUAAGUUAUGAUCUUAAACACUGUAUUUAAUCCUCGUGAAUCCCGAAAAGGUCAAAAUCACUAACAUUUAAAGUUGUGAAAAUUUUCAGGUUUACAGUAUUCACUCCUGUCACACUUAUGCUUGUUGAAGAUAAGACUUGCAGUGUAGCAUUCUGAUACCAAUUAACUAGUCUAGGUUGGGUAGUGUAUUUUGAUCAGUUCAAAACAAACUCAUGGGUGAGAAGCCUAAUAUGUGCGGGAAGAGGAUUCUAUAUGUGCCAAUAUGUAAACGUAAUAAGUUAGUACGUCUUUUUAAGGAUGCAGAUGACACGUCAGGGUAGAUUACACUUGCACACAAGGAUUACAGAGUGAGAGUUAUGAUCCUCUAGUGUUUUUGGUUGUCGGUUACUUUCCAGGUUUGAAAAUAUUACUGUUCAUCGAGUGGAAGAGAUCUAUUUUAAGGUUCGAAGUGUUCCUGCUAAUCUCAUGUAAUAACUAUGAUUCAUGUGCCUAUUUUACAAGCAUUAAUGAAAUUAUUGUGCCAACCAGAUUUAUGAUAAACUGUGCCAGGAUCCUUUUGAUCUGGUUUGGACCUUCUCAAGAAGAGUACAUGUCUGUGACGACUUUCAGAGGCUGUGGAUUUGGUUUGUUGUGCACUGUUGUACACAAUUUAAGUGUAAAAAGCUUCUGUGUGUCCAAUUUGUUUGAGUCUGCACACAUGCAUGGAAACCUCAGUGAGGUUCCUACAGUACGUUACGACUAUGUUAGAGUUGUUGGCUACUCAUGACUGUAAGGGUUCCAGACUGCCAUAAUAAUGAUGUUAUAUUCCGACCUGCUCUGUAAGGAAUAGUCAAUAAUUCUAUGUACAUACUUGUAUUGUAUACUGUAUACUGCACAGCAAUAUUGUUCACAUUUUUGACGGAACAGAGUAGGCCUAGACAAUCACCUGUAACUGGCUUUGGGUCAAAUCCAAAAGUAAGAAUCAUGAAAAUUUUUAUCUCACAUUUUGCAUGGAAGCUCUGUUGAAGUGGUAUCGUGCUUAUUAGUCUUGUGUAAUAAUUUUAGAUCUAGUUAAUUUUUCUGAGUGCUUCUGUCUCCAUCUCGAUGUUAUUUUGUUUUAAAGUCUACUUUAGUAGGCCAACUAUUAAGAAGUGGCUGCUGCUAGUCGAUGUUGGGCCAGGCUCACUAGCUGUUGAUCCAGUAAUACUUGUUUGAGGAUUUUGAAUAAACGCCACGAUUGGCGGAAGUUGGAACAAAUUUUCCAGAUUUUGUUCCCAGUUACACAUGCGCAUGAAUAAGAACACCAAUGAUCUCAUUCAUGAGCAUGCGUAAUCAGAUUCAAAAUCUGGAUAUUUUGAAACUUCUGCCGAUCAUGAGGCAGAUUCAAAGUCCUCAAAGGAAUAUUCUAUCCAUAUGAUGUAAGUCAA